CUCGCCCUCCCGCUUCCCCUCCCCUCACCCAAUCGCGUCGCGCCCGCCUACGCCCCGCCUUCUCUCUCUCUCCACCUCCCGCACCCCCCCAGCGCGCAGCUGGCGAGCCGGGCGAGGAGGGGCGGCUCGCGCUGCCGGCGCUGACACCCGCGCGAGGUGGCAUGAAACGUCCUGUUCGUAACCAUAUACAUAAGGAAUGCCCUUGGAACACCCUGAUAAGUUGCUUUGGCCUGAACAUCGAUUGCUUCUUUUAAAAACCUAAAUGGCAGCUCAGAAAAGGAAGUCUGUGUUAGUAGAGCCUUCUGCUAAACGUCCAAAGCUGGACAAGAACAGCAAACUGUCAUCGUCAAAGAAGGAAAAAGAGGUGUCAGAUGCAAAACAUGUCUCAAAUAAAUCAAAGCCUAAUCAGUGUGCAGUGCAAGAAAAAACUGUACUCAAAACCUCUGUCAAAUCAAACAGUGACAGCACCAAUGAACCUGAACUAGGAACACGCAUGACUACAAGAUCAUCAGCGUUAAACUUGAAUAAUAAAUCCACAUCUAACAGAAAUGUCCAACAGCAGUCUAAAUCUACAAAAAAUAAGGAGGUAUGCCAGAAAAAAUCCGUGCAAGAAAUUCCUAAGUCAAAAUGCAUAGUUGCAGCAAAUGAGCCAGCAACUAGGAGAUCACAGAGGCUGCAGCAGUUGACACAAGUACCUGUACCAGCAAGAUCCCUGCGCAGUAGAGAUGUUAAAGAAGAAAAAGCUUUGGAAGUUAAACAAAGCAGCCAGGCAAAAAAGCAUGCUCAUAGUGUUGCACCAAAAGUAGUUAAAUCUACUGGAGAGAAAACUGAACAGAAAACCACAAAAACAAAGCCAAACAGUACAAAUAAGGAUAAAGAGAUACAUGUAGAAGUGACCAGCUCUCUGAAAGAGAAAAAAAACCCAACAGACAAUAAAAAUGGUAAUUCCAACAACCUUCAAGGGUCAUCAUUAUGUCCUGGUGAGAAUCUUGAGGAAGUUAGGAAAGACCAAACAGGCCCUGAAGCUUCUAUUUCUAGCAACACAAAGAAAGUGGAAACAGAUUCUCUUAAGCCAAGUUCUAAGACAGUAACUAAGGAAAAGCAACAAGCACAUCAGAAUGUGAAAAGCAGUAAAAAACCAAAAAAGAUUUCACAGCCAUCUGUAAGUGAAGGAAAUGCAGCUGAUCAGCCAGAGAAUGAUGCGAAAUCCAAAAGGGUGAGCAUCCUUGAACUUUGUGAAGAAAUCGCAGGUGAGAUCGAGUCAGAUACAGUAGAGGUGAAGAAAGAUUCCCCUGUCGCUGAGUGUAGAAAACCAGAAGAAAAGCAUGCCGAAACAGAGCUUCAACAAAGUGAAAUGCUUACUCAGAAAGAGACUGGUCAAAGUACUCAAUGCAAACGUUUUUUCCCUAGCAAAAAAGGAAUGCCUGUCAAAUGCACUCUGAAUGGUAGAAAUAACUCCUGUAACAAAAACUCUAAAUGGACUAAAAUUAAAUUACUGAAGGCUAGUAAUGUGAAGCAAAGUAACUUAAAUUCUGCAAAUGCCCCCAAGCUUUCUUUGUUAAAAGAUUACCCUGAACUUUCAGAGGCAAGUCAAGGAGCUACAGAGGCAGAGCUUUCAAAGGCACAAGGCAAGCUGCCGCUAACAGGACUCUCUGAGAAUGAAAGUGCAAGUUGUGUGCAGGAGAAACCAGAUCCUUCAUCUGAGAGAGCUGGAGCUAAAGAAGUGACAUUAGAAAUAAAACAGCCCACAAAGAGAGGUGCAGAAAAUGGUUUGUUACGUAAUUUGACAAAACAUUUAUGUGAGCCAAGACCAGAUGAGAGCUUUCGAUUACAGCUGGAAUCAAGUCCAGAAAGUUCUCCAGUAAAGAGUGUUACAGCUCCUAAACCACCAAAACAAUUGAAAAAAGAACCAGGAGAAACUGAACCUCAAGGCUUGGCUCCCAAGCAGUUGACGCAUACUUCAUUAACGAAUGAAACUUCCGAAACUGAGAACAGGGUUCCAUUGCCAAAUCCUUCAUUAGCAUCAAAAUGCAGUAACUUCCUACCAUCUGAAGAACACAUUCAGAAGCUAAAAGAAGCAGGAAAGGAUGGCGAUAAGCAGCUGAUCAUAGAUGCAGGGCAGAAGAGAUUUGGUGCCAUUUCCUGUAAUAUUUGUGGAAUGCUUUACACUGCAUCAAAUCCAGAGGAUGAAACCCAACAUCUCCUAUUUCAUAACCAGUUCAUAAGUGCUGUGAGAUAUGUGGGUUGGAAAAAGGAGCGGAUUUUGGCCGAAUAUCCUGAUGGAAAGAUAAUAAUGGUUCUUCCUGAUGACCCAAAGUAUGCACUUAAAAAGGUUGAAGAAAUUAGAGAAAUGGUAGACAAUGACUUGGGAUUUCAGCAAGCUCCGCUCAUGUGUUACUCUAGAACUAAAACUCUUCUUUUUAUUUCUAACGACAAGAAAGUUAUUGGCUGUUUAAUUGCAGAACAUAUCCAGUGGGGCUACAGAGUCAUAGAAGAGAAGGUUCCAGAAAUCAGUUCAGAAAAUGAGAAAGUAAUAUUUGAAAGACAGAAAGCAUGGUGCUGCUCAACUUCUCCAGAACCUGCUAUUUGUGGGAUUAGUCGAAUAUGGGUAUUCAGCAUGAUGCGUCGAAAGAAGAUCGCUUCUCGGAUGAUAGAGUGUCUUAGGAGCAACUUCAUCUACGGCUCAUACUUGAGUAAAGAAGAAAUAGCUUUCUCUGACCCUACUCCUGAUGGAAAACUCUUUGCAACACAGUACUGUGGCACUGGCCAGUUCCUGGUAUACAACUUCCUCAACGGGCAGCACCAGACUUAACUGUUCCUGAAGGAAUUCCAUUUUUAUUGGGAGACUUCUGCCAAAGCACACUGAGUGGGUGCAGACCUUCAGCAGAAGCCAGGGCCAUUUUUAUUACGGUGAACUCAGGACUGGUAACAACCGAGAGGUUGUACUAUUUUAUUAAAAUUGUAAACAAUGCAGUAAUAGGCUAACUCUGUUUUUUCUAAAAGAAAGAUAUUUUAUUAACUUUUACAGAAGUUUGAUUGUAUUUUAUCUAGUUAGUCAUGUUUACAUGCAGCAGAAAAUUGUUCAUAGUGGACUGUAAACUAAUGCAAAGACUCGCAGAUGAGUACGUGCUGAAGUUCUUAAUGAGGUGAUAUACCAGUGCCGCUUGGUACGGUGACGCUGGUCCUGGCUGCUGCUCCGAGCAGCUGGGAGAGGCCUUUAAUGGUUGCUCACUGAAUAGAGCCCAAGGCUGAGCUCAGUUGCAUCAAGGAACGAUGUGUUACAGUGCAGUUGUCGUGGGCACUCGCCCUCACAGACUGUACGGUGGCUUUGGGGGCGUGUUCUGGGUGCCAUUGAGUGUGAGGGAGCCUACUGGAUGUCAGCAGUGUUAGAAACUUUUCUAUCCCACUUCCUCCUCACCUGGAUCAGCUGUAGAGUCUAAGGUGGAAUGAAAGCCCCAAGGACUCGUGUGCUCCUCAUUCUUUCUGCAGUACUGAGUAUGCACCUUUGUUAACGACUUCACUUUGAUACUUGUCACUCCUGCAUAAAUCUCUCCUCUUUUAAAGGGUUUGUAUGUUGAAAAACUGCUGUGGCCUUUCUUGCUCUGUACAUAAUGUAGAUAGGUUAAAAAUAAAAUACUUGAUAGCUUUUUUAAAGUUACCCUGUAUGGACAGAAGCCUGAAUGAAUCCUUAGUGCAUUUUGUACUUCUGUGUGUGAAACAUCACUGCCAUGGCCAAGGGCAGCGUGUGUUUUGAAGCAGUCCCCAGAGAAUGCAGUUGCUGCAUUUGUGCCUGCCUGGGACCACAACUCCCUAUGUGGCAAUACAUUGGCAUUGGUUCCCCAAUAGCUCCGGAUUGGUACCAUCCCGCUCUAGGGUUUACAUAAGGUGAGAGGCGGUAUUUUCAGCCCUGUAUAAUGGCUUAACACUCUAAUAUAAGAUGGGGAAGAUUAAUUAAUCCUAAGAGUUUGCUUUAAUUCAGGACCAUACAUGCAGUUAGGAUACGCUCUUUUCUGUUGUGCUGCCCUUAACCUUGGUCUCG